AUGGGAACGAGUUCGCGCGCAAAACGGGGGAGAGGGAGGCCGCCGAAAGUGGUGCCAUCGAUCCCGGAGAAUCAACUGUCAUCGCCGUCCCAGGUGAUGGUGAACUCUGAUCCUAAUCUACCGGAGGUUCUUGCGAAGGUGGAGGGAGAGGUAGAGGAAGGAGAAGCUAGCGACAUUGAAAGAGUGUUCGUUGCUCCAAACAUUAUUGAUGGUGGUAUUGAGAUUGAAAUCGAAGACGAAGACAUAGCCUCUGAGGUCAAAUACUGGGAAAACGCACUUAUUCUCUAUGCGAUGGGAGAGGAUUUGAGCAUGCAUAUGGUGAAGAAUUUCAUGGAGAAGGCGUGGAACUUUAUCAAGCUACCUGAAUUAGGGGUGUUACACAAUAUCCCUCUGAUGCUUAAGGAAUGGAAGCCAGACUUUAACCUUAAGAGAGAUAUGCUACACACCAUUCCCCUGUGGGUUAAACUACCUCGACUCCCUCUUCACCUAUGGGGAGCUAGAAGUCUGAGUAAAAUUGGUAGUGCUUUGGGUGUUCCACUUGUUACAAAUGAAUGCACGGCUAGAAAAUUGCGUGUGUCUUAUGCGCGGAUCUUGGUUGAGGUGGACAUAACAAAAGAAUUGUUCAAAGAGAUAACUAUAAAGGAUUGUGAAGGAAGGAAACUCCAGCAGCCUGUGGAAUACGAAUGGAAACCACUAUACUGUGAUAGAUGCAAGAGCAUUGGCCACAAGUGUAAAGACUAUGUGAAAAAGCAAUGGAUGCCAAAAGGAAACCCCCCAGAAACUACAUCAACUGAUCCAAUACAGGGCACUACUACAGAGUCAAUAAUUGUAAAGAGUAGGGAGGGCACACCUCUAACUAAGGAACCUGAGAAUACACCUGAGCAGAAUGAGAAGGGAGCUGAAGAUGCUACUUGGAUUGAGGCCAGGUCGACAAUAAAAGAUAGAGGCAAACUUAAAGAGAUUAGUUCCCGUCUCAAUUUGCUUAAGCCUGACAUUGUGAUUUUAAUUGAAACUCGAGUUAAGAGUGAUAAAGCUAAACAGAUUAGAGAUAAACUCCAUGUUCAUGAGUGUUAUGUGGACAAUUAUCAAUACCAUGACAAUGGUAGAAUCUGGAUAUCUUGGAAUGAUAAUGCUAUAGAUGUGAAAGUAGUUAAAAGCUCUGACCAAUACAUCCACUGUGGGAUCUAUGAUGCAAAUGGGACAUUGCUUUAUUGGCUCACUGCCAUCUAUGGGAAGAACCAACUUGAGCAGAGGAAAUUACUAUGGAAGACUAUUGCAAAUAUUCAACCUAGUAACCAAGAUCCCUGGUGCCUCAUGGGAGAUUUUAACAAUGUUUUGAAGGCUCGAGACAGAAUAGGGGGAAGAUUAAUAACUGACUCUGAAUAUGUUGAUCUAUGGGAUAUGAUGACAUCUGCUGGUCUUACUGAGAUGGAUGGAUGUGGGGACUAUUACACUUGGUGUAAUAGACAUACUAAUGACACUAUCUAUUCAAGGAUAGAUAGGCUCAUUGGCAAUGUGGAAUGGUUCAAGAAGUACAAUGACUAG